AUGCCCUCCUACAAGAACGAGCCCAUCGCCAUCAUCGGCAGUGGAUGCCGCUUCCCCGGCGAUUCUAGCCGGCCCUCCAAGCUGUGGGACCUGCUCUCCGAUCCCCGCGAUGUCCUCCGCAAGAUCGACCGCUUCCGGGCCGACAACUGGUACAACAAGGAUGGCCACCAUCACGGUGCCAGCAACGUUCUUGACUCGUACCUUCUUGCCGAGGACACCCGUGUGUUCGAUGCCCAGUUCUUCAGCAUCUCCGCCUCCGAGGCCGAGGCCAUCGAUCCUCAACAGCGCCUGCUGAUGGAGACCGUCUACGAGGCCCUCGAGGCCUCUGGUUCAAGCAUCGAGUCUCUCUCUGGUUCCAAAACGGCCGCCUAUGUCGGUGUCAUGUGCGACGACUUCUCCCAGAUCGUCUAUGGCGAUGGUGAGAAUGUUCCCACCUACGCUGCCACUGGCUCUGCGCGGAGCAUCAUCUCCAACCGCAUCUCGUACUUCUUCAACUGGCACGGCCCUUCCAUGACCAUCGACACGGCUUGCUCUUCCUCGCUCAUUGCCGUCCACCAGGCUGUUCAGGUCUUGCGGAAUGGCGAGUGCCCUGUUGCCAUUGCUGCCGGCACCAACCUGAUCUUUGGACCCACUAUGUACAUCGCUGAGAGCAACUUGAACAUGCUGUCUCCCACUGGCCGCUCUCGUAUGUGGGAUGCUGGUGCCGAUGGGUAUGCUCGUGGCGAGGGUGUGGGUGCCGUUGUUUUGAAGACGCUCUCUGCUGCCCUUCGUGACGGCGACCAUAUCGAGUGUUUGAUCCGUGAGACCGGCAUCAAUCAGGACGGUCGUACCCCUGGUAUCACCAUGCCAAGUGCCUCCGCCCAGGGCAUGCUCAUCGCGGAUACCUAUGCUCGUGCCGGCCUGGACCCUCUGAAGAAAGAGGAUCGCUGCCAAUACUUUGAGGCCCACGGCACCGGCACCAAAGCUGGUGAUCCCCAAGAAGCUGGCGCCAUCUUCCGUGCGUUCUUCCCUGAGCGGCCCGAGGCUGCUGAAGACACCGAGGAGGAUGACAACGAUGUCCUGUACGUCGGAUCUAUCAAGACGGUCAUCGGUCACACCGAAGGCACUGCGGGUAUCGCUGGUCUCCUCAAGGCAUCCCUGGCUAUCCAGAACAGGACAAUCCCACCAAACAUGCAUUUCAUGCGACUGAACCCCGAUAUCGAGCCAUACUACGGCAAUCUGAAGGUGCCUGUCGAGGCUAUAGAGUGGCCGGAGCUCCCAGAAGGCACCCCUCGCCGCGCCUCGGUCAACAGCUUCGGCUUUGGCGGUGCCAACGCCCACGCCAUCAUUGAAAGCUACGACGCGCCAGAGCCAAUCUCGGACGAGACGGAGUUGCCCGUCUCCAUGCCGUUUGUCUUCUCCGCUGCCUCCGAGCGGUCACUGGUGUCGCUCCUGAACGCCUACCUAUCUUUCCUCAAAGAAUAUCCCGACUUCGACGCCCGUACUCUGUCCUGGUCCCUCUCCAAGCGCACGGCAUUCAACUUCCGCGCGACUUUUGCUGCUCCCUCCCUUGAGGCGCUCGUUUCAACAAUCGAGGCCAGGCUUGAAGAGAGCAGAGAGAAGAAGGAACCUGUCGCGACUCGAGCCAACGCCAAGACUAGUCGUACCAUUCUCGGAGUCUUCACUGGACAGGGUGCUCAGUGGGCGACAAUGGGCCGUGACCUUGUGACAUCGUCCUUCGCCGCCGAGGCUAUCAUUGACAAGCUAGAGCAGUCACUUGCUGAGCUGCCCGACGCGCCUGAGUGGUCGCUCAAGGCUGAGCUGCUCGCGGACAAGGAGGCAUCCCGCAUCGCGCUUGGUGAGAUCUCACAGCCCCUCUGCACCGCCGUGCAGGUGAUGGUGGUCGACAUGCUCCGUGCUGCAGGCCUUGAUUUCAGCGCCGUUGUUGGUCACUCAUCAGGCGAGAUUGCUGCCGCCUACGCCGCUGGCUUCCUGUCCGCUCGUGAUGCUAUCCGCAUUGCCUUCUAUCGUGGCAAGUAUACCAAGUUCGCCAAGGGUCCGAACGGCAAGAGCGGUGCCAUGAUUGCCGCCGGAACUUCUAUGGACGACGCGAACGACCUGUGCGGUCUUCCCAAGCUCAACGGCAGGGUGCAGCUGGCGGCCAGCAACUCCUCCGCCAGUGUCACCAUCUCGGGUGAUGAGGAUGCUGUUGACUUUGUCCAGCUGAUCUUCGAGGAUGAGUCCAAGUUUGCCCGCAAGCUGAAGGUUGACACUGCCUAUCACUCCAGCCACAUGAAGGCCUGCUCCUCGUACUAUCUGGAAGCCCUCGGUGCCUGUGGAAUUCAGAUCAAUGAGCCUGGUGAGAAUGCAUGCCCAUGGUAUUCCUCCGUUUUUGGCGGUGAACAAGUCACCAUGGAGCAUUCCGAGCUUCUGAGAAAUGCCUACUGGAAAGACAAUAUGCUGCAGCCCGUGCUAUUUUCGCAGGCUUUGACUGCCGCUGUCAAGGGAACUGGGACCCCGGGCCUGGCUCUCGAAGUCGGCCCCCACGCGGCUCUGAAGGGCCCUGCCAGCCUGACCAUUGAAGAAGCCGGGGGUGCCGCAGUCCCAUACUUCGGCACCCUGGCUCGCGGCAUGAACGACUCGACCGCCCUCUCAAGCACUCUCGGCUCUGUAUGGACAGUCCUCGGCAGCUCUGCUGUCGACUUCAAGGCUUACGAUCGACUCUUCGCCAAGGACGCCACCUACACUGUAUCCAAGGACUUGCCCUGCUACACUUGGGACCACGAGAAGGUCAUCUGGAACGAGACUCGUCUGUCGAAGGCGCAUCGGCUACGUGAGAAUCCAACGCACGAGCUUCUAGGCGCUCGUGCAACUGACGAGGGUGAGGGCGAGUUCAGAUGGCGCAACUACAUCAAGCCCAAUGAGAUGCCUUGGCUCAAGGGGCAUGCAAUCCAGGGCCAGACCGUUUUCCCUGCCGCGGGCUUCGCGGUCAUGGCUCUUGAAGCAUCCAAGCAGCUCGUGUCUGACUAUGAGAAGACGGUGAAGCUGGUGGAGCUGCUCAACUUUAGCAUCCACAAGGCCUUGUCUUUUAUGGAUGACAACACGGGUGUGGAGACUAUCUACGUGAUGUCGAACGUGCAAAAGUGUGAAGAUACCAUCACGGCCGACUUUUCUAUUCAUGCCUGCCAGAACAAGGAGACAGGUGGCUUUGUCUCAAUGGCUAGUGGUCAGAUCCGCCUGACCACGGGUGAGCCGUCUGGCGAAGCUCUUCCAGAGCGUGCUGAGUCGAACAUCCCCCUUUUGCCGGUUGACACAGACUUCUUCUACAAGGAAUUGGCCAAACUUGGAUAUGGCUACACAGGAAUGUUCAAUGGCAUUACUGAGAUGAAGCGCAGCGCUGGUCAUGCGUCCGGCGAGAUGACCAUUGCCCGGGAUCCCGACUCUGUCACUCACCCCUGGGUUGUCCAUCCUGCCACCUUGGAUGUUGCGUUUCAGUCCAUCUUCGCUGCCAUUGGAGCUCCUGGUGACGGGCGUCUGUGGACUUUGCACGUCCCGACUCUGAUCAGCCGCAUCGCUGUCAACCCUGAUGUCUGCCAGUCCACUUCUGGUGUGGAGAUUCCAAUGCCCUUCGACGCGACCCUUUCCCUCUCAGAAGAUGGCAUGACUGGCGAUGUGGAUAUUUACGCCGAGGAUGGGAAAAACGCCGCCAUUUAUGUCGAGGGCCUUCAUGUCACGCCUCUCACACAACCCACUGCCGCCGACGACAGACAGACUUUCGCCGAGACCCUGUGGGAUAUCGCACAGCCCGACGGCGCCCUGGGAUGGAAGGAGUGGGCUCUCACGGAAGAUGAGGUCGCUGGUGCUGCUCUCUGUGAGCGUAUGUGCUUCUACUAUCUGAACCAGCUGUACCGGAAGAUCACUCCCGAGCAGCGCGAGAAGUGCGACUGGCAUCAGCUCUGCAUCCUUAAUUGGGCGCAGUUCGUCCACGAGACUGCGUUGGAGGGCAAGCAUGCUACCUGCAAGAAGGAGUGGCUUGAUGAUACCUGGGACGACAUCAAGCAAGACUUUGAGCAUUGGUCCAAGAUCCACCCUCAUUUUCAUACACUGGUGUUCAUAGGCGACAUGCUUGUGCCUUUUGUCCGUGGCGAGCUGUCCAUGCUCGACGAAUUCCGGAAGGACGACAAAUUGAGCGAGUUCUACUUUGGGCAUUACGGCUACAAGGAGUAUAACAUGUACCUUGGCAAGCUCGUCAAGCAGAUCUCGCAUCGCCACCACAACAUGAGGAUCCUUGAGAUUGGUGCCGGUACCGGCUCCUCGACCGCCGCCACGCUGGACUGCCUCAAAGAUGGAUUUGCGACGUACACCUAUACUGACAUAUCGGCUGCCUUUUUCGAGGAGGCCAAGGAGAUGUUCAAGUCUAAUGCGGAGAAGAUGAUCUUCAAGACGCUGGAUGCCGAGAAAGACAUCAAGGAGCAGGGCUUCGAAGAGGGCACCUAUGACUUGAUCAUUGCAGGCAACGUCAUCCAUGCCACGGCCCACCUGGAGACGACUUUGAAGAACGUCCGUAAGCUGCUCCGCCCUGGUGGAUACCUGUGCCUGCUCGAGGUCACCAACAACAAGCCACUUCGAAUCGGCUUCGGCUUCUGUGGUCUUCCGGGUUGGUGGGCUGGUCGCGAGGACGGCCGUAUCUAUUCUCCCCUGGUUGGGCAGAAGGAUUGGGAUACCGUCCUACGCAAGAGCGGCUUUUCUGGCGUCGAGACUGCCACUCCCGAGGAGAAGGUAUACCUUGUGCCCUUCAGCGUCAUGGUCUCGCAGGCCGUCGACAAGCAGAUGGAGAUGAUCCGUGAGCCCAUGGCUUUCAGUGGCAAGGCCACCUAUACCGACAAGCUACUCAUCCUCGGUGGUCAGAAGGUCCAGACUUCUCGUCUGGUCCGGAGCCUUACUGCUUCUCUUGGGCCCUUCUUCUCUGAAAUCCAAAACAUCGAGAAUAUCCUCGACAUUGACGAAGAGACCAUCAACUCCCAGCCCACCAUCCUCAGCUUGAUGGAGCUCGACGAGUUGCUCUUCAAAGAUUUCAGCCUGGAGAAAUUUCAAGCCAUUGUCCGCCUGUGCGACCACUCACGUAACAUCCUCUGGGUGACCGCCGGCAGUCGUGGUGAGGAGCCCUACAUGAACAUGAUGGUUGGAACAGGUCGUUGCCUGGUCGGCGAGAUGCCUUCACUUCGCCUGCAAUUUCUCAAUUUCGAUGCCAGCGAGAAGCCCAAUGCCGAGACUAUCGCCGAGAAUCUUUUGCGGCUGCAGAUUUCGGAUGCAUGGGGUAAAGGCCUUGCAAAGAGCUAUGAGCCCCUGUGGACGCUUGAGAGAGAGAUGUCGAUUGACAAUGGUACGAUGCUUAUCCCAAGAUAUUUACCCGCCAUCGACAUCAACACCCGCCUGAAUUCCGAGAGGCGACUUAUCACCAAAGAUGUCACGCCCUCAGACGCCGUCAUUGAAAUAAACAGCUCUGGUGCUUCUUAUGACCUGCUCGACUUCGCAAAGACGGAAGGCACAGGGGAGACGAUCACUAUUCAUGUCACCAAGUCACUCCUCAGCGCUGUCUCUGUCGCCGGACUUGGUUGCUUGUACGUAGUCGCAGGAUCCACCAAAGAUGGCAAGAAGGUUGUGUCGCUAUCUGAAAGUAACCGAUCCAUCGUCUCCGUGCCAAACGCCUGGGCCGCCGAGCACGAGGAAGACAACGAGGAGGCUGUGCUUGUUGCCACUGCCGCCGAGCUACUGGCAGAUUCAAUCCUCUCUUUCAAUACCAACAGCCAAUCGGUCCUCGCCCAUGAGCCCAGUGCCGCUGUUGCUCACGUCCUCAAGCGCCGCUCCGAGGCCUCUGGAAAGAGGGUGACGUUCACAUCCACCUUGGCAAGCCCCUGUCCCAGCGUGAAGCACUUCCACCCAUCGAUCCCCGACCGCGUUCUCUCCCAAUCGCUCCCCAAAGAUGCCUCUCUCUUCGUCGACCUCUCUGAGAACAAGGAGUCUAUGGGCGUUGGCGCGCGUAUCAGGAAGUACCUGCCUCUCGGUUGCACGUCGAGGAGCGGUGCGGAGUUGUACAGCGCUCGUGCUUUUGUGGCUCAGGUUUAUGACGCCGAGGUCGUGAAACAGACUCUCAAGCUUGCAGUGGAUAAUGCCCGGUCCCUGGUCAAGACCAGCAACAGCCAGAUAUUUACGGAGAGUGUUGCGCUGUCUGCCAUCCCGGGUAAGGAUGUUUACCGCCAGGGCCUGCGGGUCGUUGACUGGAAGCAGGACGAGUCCGUGGCCGUGCGUGUCCUCCCUGCCGAGCAGUCGAUCAAGUUCCGCACCGACCGCACAUACUUUAUGAUCGGCCUCACAGGAGAAGUCGGUCUUGCCCUCACUCGCUGGAUGGUAGAGCGUGGUGCUCGUCACCUCGCCCUGUCCUCGCGAAACCCCAAGAUUGAGCAGGCAUGGUUGGAACUCGUCGAGGCCGAAGGCGCCAUCGUUAAGACCUACGCUAUGGACGUGACGUCCCGCGAGUCCAUUCGUGCUGUCGUCAAGCAGAUUGAGAAAGAAAUGCCGCCAAUCGGUGGUGUUGCUAACGGUGCUAUGAUACUGAAGGACAGUCUAUUCGCCAAUCAGAGCCACGAGGUUUUCCUUGAGACGCUGAGACCCAAAGUAGACGGAACUAGAUUUUUGGACGAAAUCUUUACGGACAAUGAUCUGGACUUCUUCAUGUGCUUCUCCUCGCUGGCAUCGGUGUCGGGUAACAUGGGCCAGACUGCCUACGCGGCAGCCAACGCGUUCAUGUGCUCGCUCAUUGCGGGGCGUCGCCAGCGUGGCCUCGUCGGCUCGGUUAUCAACAUGCCUGGCAUCGUUGGUCUGGGAUAUCUGAAUCGUGAUCCAAGCAAGCUCGAGAGGCUUCGAUCUGUCGGCUACGCCAACAUCAAUGAGUGGGAAUUCUACCAAUUCUUCUCCGAAGCCGUAAUGGCUGGCCGCCCUGAGUCUGGCCGCAACCCGGAGAUCACGGCGGGCCUUCAACAAAUUGAUAUCGAAAACAACGACAGCCCGCCUGCGUGGAUCAAUGUGCCCCGUUUCGCCUGGUUGAGAUUGGUCAAGCCUCAGGAGCAAAAUGCGGGUGGUUCAGGUAAGGGCACAAUUAGUGUCAGAAACAAGCUGAAAGAGUUAACCAAAGAGGAGGAUGUUUACGAGUUGUUGCUCGACGGGCUUCUCAUGACUCUCUAUCAGAGGCUGAAUAUGGCUCCUGAGGAGCAGGGAAUCACUCCCGAAACGACCAUUGUAGAACUCGGUGUCGAUUCCCUUCUCGCUGUCGACAUGCGCACUUGGUUCACAAAAGAGCUCGAUCUCGACAUGCCUGUGCUCAAAAUUCUCGGCGGUGCCACCGUCUCUGACCUGGUUGAGGACGCUGUCAAGCGUCUUUCUCCCGAUCUCAUUCCCAAUGUCGUCAAGGCGGCACCUGUGGAGGCUGCUGCAGAAGAGAAGAAAGAGGAGCCCGCCGUCGCAUCAGUUAUAACUGAGGCCGAUCAGUCCUUUCGUGACUCCAGCGAACUCACGCAACUCAUUGACGCGGAGACGAAUCUGGGGGCCUCGGAUAGCCCGGCUCCUAACGAGGAUCGUAUUGAUGAUUCUUCGGAUAGUUCUGACGCUGGUUCUUGGGUUGCUGUCCAGACACCUGCCGGGUCCGAUGGGCCAGCGGGCCAAGGUGAAGCUCCUACUGAGGCGGCAGCAGAAGAAAAAGAAGAGCAAGCUGCGCAACAGACAGGUGUGCAAGGUCUGCCAGAACAGACUCAAGCGACAGAGACAGCGCCAACUGUUGCAGAGGUAGUUGAAAGCUCACUACCGUCACCACUGGACGAGACCACUCGGUCUGAGUCUCCGGUCUCCAGCCAUGAUGAUUCGAAUUCCGGUGCUGAGACGCCCGAGACUCACUUGUCGGAUGACGAGAGUGAGGAUGUGAAGACAAAGGACAAGGCGACUACGAACAAGGACACAGAAACCUCGAUGACUGACUCGGAGCCCAUCAAGGCAUCAGAUGAAGCAGAAGAGGUGAAAGUGGAAAUUCCUGAAACACAGUUGGUAUUUUCCCGGACCACAAAGAUGUCCUAUGCCUCUUCUCGAUUCUGGUUUCUGAUGCGGUAUCUAGAGGACCCAACCACCUUCAAUCUCACCUGCCGACUGCAAUUCACAGGACGCAUCCGCGAGCAUGAUGCGGAGCGAGCCAUCGCCGGCUUAGGCCAGCGCCACGAGGCCUUCCGCACAGCUUUCUUCUCCGACACCGCCCGACUCAAUGAGCCUACCCAAGGGGUUCUCGCAGAGGAGAACAGCCCGCUGAGGCUGGAGAAACGGCGCAUCACGACUGAAGAUGAGGUAGAGAAGGAGACAGAUGAGUUGAUGAAGUACAUCUUCAAGCUCCACCGCGGCGAGUCGAUCCGCAUCAAACUGCUUUCCCUAUCGGAUACGAAACAUUACUUGAUAUUUGGAUUCCACCAUAUCGCGAUUGACGGGUUUUCAUUCAAUAUUCUUUUGUCAGAAAUCAACAAAAUGUACGAUGGUGAACUGCUUCCACCUGUUACAUGCCAAUUCAGCGAGUUUGCCGAGAGGCAGAGAAGAGCCGUCGAAGAGGGGAAGAUGAAUGGGGAGAUGGAAUUCUGGAGAGGGGAGUACCCUGAUUUCCCUGAGCCAUUACCGUUGUUUCCUGUUGCUCAUGGGAGCAAGAGACAGAACCAAACGAAUUACAACUUCGAACCAGCCAACUGCGAACUGGAUGUCCGCCUCGUCCGCCAAAUCAAGACGCAGUGCAAGCGCCACAAGAUCACGACCUUCCACUUCUUCCUGGCCGUGCUGAAGGUCUUCUUGUUCCGACACCUUGACACGGACGACUUGGUCAUCGGAGUCGCCGAUGCCAAUCGCGCCGAUGCCGCCGUCACCGGCACGGUUGGCUUCCUGCUGAACCUCCUUCCUCUUCGCUUCAAGUCAACCAAGGGAGAGGUUUUCAAGGACUCCGUCCUCGAGGCACGCAAUAAGGCGUACUCUGCACUGGCGAACUCUAAGCUACCCUUCGAUGUACUCCUCGAGACAUUGGAUAUACCCCGCUCGGCGAGCCACAGCCCGCUGUUCCAGGUCUUCAUGGAUUACCGGCAAAUCAAUGCUGAGCAGCCGAAGCUUCUCGGAGGCGAGGCUGUGGGAACACAUUCCGUGGGACGCAAUGGCUACGACCUGGUUGUUGAUGUCAAUGAAGUCGCUGGCACUUCGAUGCAUGUUACUUUUAGAAUGCAAAGAUAUCUAUACUCUAAGCCGGCCACCGAACUGCUGUUCAAUAGCUACAUGCGGCUCGUCAAGUCAUUUGCCGCCAGCUUCGACACAAAGGUCGAUCAGGUGCCACUUUGGAGCGUCGAGGACAUUGAAAGCGCCAAGAUCCUUGGUCGUGGACCACAAUUGACGCCGGAUUGGCCUGAAACUCUGUCUCACCGCAUCAUGGCGGUGGCAGCUCAAUAUCCAGAGAGCGUUGCAGCAAAGGACGGAGUUGGCAACGAGUUGACCUACUCUGCCAUGCAGCAGCGCAUUAAUGCCAUCAGCCAGAUCCUCACGAAGACUGGUGUCAAGUCUGGGUCACGAGUCGCCGUUUUCCAGGAGCCGACCGCUGAAUGGGUGUGCUCAUUGCUUGGAAUAUGGCAUGCAGGAGGCACAUAUAUUCCUAUGGACCUGCGGAGCUCCCUGUCUCGACUGGCCGUUGUCGCUGGCGCUGCCAAGCCGGUCGUCAUCCUGUGCCACGACGCCACCGAACACAUGGUUCCUGAACUGAACUCAAAGGCCAGGGCGAUCAACGUCUCGCGGCUCGCUCCUAGCCCCAAGACCACCCCAAGCAAAGCAAAACUUGAGGCAGAUGCAGUGGUGCUCUAUACGAGUGGCUCGACCGGCGUACCCAAGGGCAUCAUCCUGAGACACUCAGCUUUCAAGAACACCAUUUUCGGCUUGACGAAGCAGUACAACAUUGGCCCGGAGAAGGUUCUGCAGCAAAGUGCCUACACCUUCGACUUCUCUCUUGAUCAGAUUCUCUGUGGUCUCGUCAACGGCGGCUCCGUCUACAUUGUUCCCAAAGCCAGUCGCGGAGAUCCUGUUGAGAUUGCCAAGCUCAUUUUGAACGAGGAUAUUACCUACACCCGAGCGACACCUUCCGAGUAUACAAGCUGGCUGUCUUAUGGGGCAGAAUAUCUCAAGACAGCUUCCCAGUGGCGGUUCGCCUGGGGCGGGGGUGAGUUGAUGACAAACGCACUUCGACAAGGGAUUGAAGAGCUCCGUCUGCCAGGCCUCAAGCUGUACAAUUCCUACGGCCCUGGAGAGACCAUCACCUGCACGAAGACAGAGGUUCCUUACGGAGGCGCCCUUACAGAGACCACUCCACCUGAGAUACCUGUUGGCGUCCCGCUUCCAAACUAUUCAGUGUACAUCGUUGACCGCAACCUUGAUCCAGUUCCCGUUGGUGUCUCCGGGGAGAUUGUUAUUGGUGGUCCCAGUGUUGCCAAGGGCUACUUGAACAACGAGAAGUUGAGCAGCAGCAAGUUUCUGCCUAAUUACUUCGCUCCCGCAGAGUUCGCCGCCAAGGAUGGAAGGGUAGUCUAUCGCACGGGAGAUGUCGGCCGUCUCCGCAAGGAUGGGGCUGUCAUGUUCCAAGGGCGAAUUAGUGGGGACACCCAAAUCAAGCUGCGUGGCAUCCGAAUCGAACUCGAAGAUAUCGAAAGCUCCAUCAUUCAGGCUGCCCCCGGUGUGAUUCACCGGGCCGUCGUCUCCGUCCGCAACGAGCUCUUGGUCGGCUUCGUCGAGUUCGCUCCGGGCGCCCAGACCGAGAAUGCCGGGCAAUUUUUACGCAGCCUGCGCUACAAACUGGCACUGCCGCUGUACAUGAUCCCGAACAUGCUUGUACCACUGGAGACUAUCCCUCUCAACUCCCACGGCAAGACAGACCGACGGGCGGUUGGCGAAAUACCGCUGCCGACCGCCUCGGAAGAUAAGACGACCUUUACCCUAAGUGAGACCGAGAAGGCCCUUAAGUCUUUGUGGAUCGAUAUAGUUCCGAAGGACAUCAUCAAGCUGGUGUCAGUCAACGAUAUGACCACUUUCUUCGAGGUUGGUGGCAACUCGUUGCUGCUUGUAAAGUUGCAGAUCAUGAUCCGUACGCGCUUCGCCGCUGCGCUGUCACUGGUUGAGUUAUUUGAGAACAACACCCUUGGCUCCAUGGCUGCGAAGAUUUCUUCGGCGGAGAAAUUGGAUCAGACCAUUUGUUGGGAGGACGAGAUAGCCAUUGAUCAAGAUAUUCUUGACAAGGCGGAUGACAGCUUGCAACAUGCUGUCAGCAAAGCUGGCGAUGGCGCAACAAUAUUGAUGACGGGUACGACGGGAUUCUUGGGCAAGCACAUCUUGAAUCAGCUCGCGGCAGACGAUCGUGUCGCCCGGAUUCACUGUGUCGCUGUUCGCGACAAGCCCACCCGUGCUGCACCUUCAGGGCCCAAGAUUGUUGUUCACCCAGGAGAGAUGUCCGAACCUUUCCUCGGAAUGUCGGAGUCCGAUUUUGACCGGCUCGCCGGCGAAGUCGAUAUCAUAGUUCACAGCGGCGCCAAUAGGUCCUUCUUCGACUACUUCCAGCUUCUCAAGGGAUCCAACUACACCUCUACUCGCAGCAUCGUACGACUUGCAACGACUCGCAAAAUACCGGUACACUUUAUCUCGUCGGGUGGCGUUCUCAAUCUUGAUGCCGACAAGCAAGGAAAUAACGACGCUGUCACGCACGCGCCGACAUCUGUCACAGCACAGCCCCCCAAGGAUGGAUCCGAGGGCUACGUGUCUUCUAAGUGGGCCAGCGAAAAGCACCUCGAGAAGGCGGCCUCUCAGAUUGGCGUUCCUGUCACCAUUCACCGUGUCGUACCUGCAGGUGACGGUGCCGAGCCGACGGAGGCCAUGUUCGAGGACCUUGUUAGCCAAUUCAAGGAAAUCACUAAGAAGAUCCAGCUUCUUCCGUCACAGUCUGGCUGGGAGGGCGCGUUUGACCUCAUCCAGGUGGAAGACCUCGCCCAACGGAUUGUUAGCGCCAGUAUCGAUUCUGCUACUACUGAUGCAAUAUCAGACGGGAACACAGCACGGUAUGUCCACCACCGUUGCGAGAUGAGGGUCGAGAUGGCGGACGUGCUACCCAUGGUGGAGCAGUCUGGCUACAAGGACCGGUUCGACACGUUACCGGCCCAUAAGUGGAUCGGACGGGCGAAGCUGGAAGGGUUGAGGUGGCACAUUGCGAGCCAGGACAGUGCCGUUGUGGGUGAUGAAGAGGCGGGCGAGCUCGUUAUGGUGAAGAGGUAG